AGUGAAAUGCCAGCCAUCCAGACUGUUUACGUAGCUGUACUGCUAGUUAUUGUACUUUUGUUUGACAAGUGUUUUGGAUAUCCAUCGAACAAACUAGGGCAAGAGGUACUGCAUAACUGUCAAAGCUGCGGCGAUUCAUGCAACAAAUGCAAAUUUGGUGUCACGACGAUGCCUUUUUGCGGUCGAGUAUGUGCAAAGGGUCUUAACGAGGUAUGUGGAGGACCAAAAGAUUCCUGGGGCAUUUGCGGCGAUGGUAUGUAUUGCAAUUGUAAUAGGUGCCACGGUUGCAGUACCAAAGGACUUGACUGUAAAGACCAAAUAACAACGAAGAAUACGUGUGUUCCGAAACCCAAGAAACUUUUGCGUGCCUUUCAAUUUUUAUAAGUAUGCAAGACACAAGCGAUACGACACACAUUAUAUUACGUUCACACUUUAUUACUACUACUGCUAUGUUGAUUCAAAGUAAACACAUUUACGAAAAUUGAACCCAUAAUUGGAAAUAUGUUACUUAAUUUUAAUUGUAAUCGAUAUGAUUGAGAUAACGGAAAACCGAGGAUUUGAAUCCUGGCGAAUAAAGUGUGUAAAAGCAAGUUAACGGACGUUUUCCGGGGUUGCAUAUCGAUAUCGAUGCUACGUAUACAUAUGUAUACAUACGUAGCUUCGGCACCUAUCCCGACGAACAAUAGACUGCCGGUGUCUUCCGUAACGAACCAACAAGGCUGAAGUGCUAUGUACGUAGGUGUGUGGUACGUAGGUAUGUAUAUACGUACUUACAUGCAUACGUAGGCAGCAAAUCGC